CAGCGGGCCGAGCCGUCCGGCAUGACAGUCGAAUGACCGCAGCAGCGGCCAGUGACACGCCUGCCGAGCACCGAGCAUGCAGCCCCGGCGGUGACAGCGAGCAGACGCCAACCGGGAGCUUUUGCCGUCGAGUCACGUUGGGAAGUGCAGUACAACCACAGUCUGGAGCUCCCGAACCGGCGUGUAAAAAUUAAAACCCGGUUCGUGGUAGACUUAUCGCGAUGUGAUCUAACGUUGCUGCACCUUACCUAUUCACUGAGCCCAUCGGGAGAGAAUCCUUAAAGAAACGUUGCCAAGCUGUUCACUAUAUUCUUCAACCUUUUGACUUCUUAACACCAUGACCUCUGAACUGGAAAGUGGCCUGACCUCAAUGGACUGGCUUCCACAGCUCAGCAUGAGGGCGGCCAUCCAGAAGACAGACAGAGAAGUGGGGGGACAUCACCACGGUCACUACCAUGGACAUCACAACCACCACCACCAUCAUCAUGGUCUCCAUUAUGGACAUCACGGGCCAGGAAAGAAAAUCACACAGGUGGACCCAGGAACAACUGUGGACCAGGAGGAAAGUAGUCAACACAGAGACGGUAAACCACCAUACAGCUACGCAAGCCUCAUAACCUUUGCCAUCAAUGGCUCGCCUCGCAAACGCAUGACCCUCAGUGAGAUCUACCAGUGGAUCUGUGACAACUUCCCAUACUACAGAGAGGCAGGCAGCGGCUGGAAGAAUUCAAUACGACACAACCUGUCCUUGAACAAGUGUUUUCUGAAAGUGCCUCGCUCCAAAGAUGACCCUGGCAAAGGUUCCUAUUGGGCCAUAGACACCAACCCUAAAGAUGACGCUGCACCCAGCAGGCCAAAGAAGAGGCCUCGAUCUGGAGAAAGGGCGUCAACCCCUUAUAGCUUGGAGUCAGAGUCUCUGCGAAUGGACUGCAUCAUGUCAGGUGGAGCGUCUCCUACUUUGGCCAUCAAUGCGGUAACAAACAAGGUAGCACUAUACAGCCCAAAAGCAGAUGACGGUGAGAGUCCUGGCAGCCUGAGCAACAGUCUCUCUGAGCAAAAAUUGACAUCUAUCAACCUGAACAACAUGAACUCGACCGUGAGCAGUAGCAGCACCAUGCACAAAUACACACCAGUUAGUAGUCACGCAGAACCUUCGUCCCAGUCCCAGAGUCUUCAGCCGCCCAGCCAGCCCGCUCGGCCUCCGCCUCCUCCUCCACAACCCCAGUACGCUCUGCCGGUGCCAGAGUCACGGGACAAACACCUCUGCUUCUCGGACUUCGAGGACCUGAGCGCUUCCUUCCGCAGCCUGUAUAAAUGUGUCUUUGAGCAGUCGUUCUCGCAGCAGUCUUUGAUGGUAAUGCCCGGCGAUUCGAACCAUUCUACACGGACCGCUUGCUCCUAUCAGCACUCACCUGGCGCAAGGAACGGCAGCAGUGGCAGUGGCACGGGGGGUGGCGGCCACCAUCAUCAACACAACCACCACGCCCACCUUCCUCAGCAUCACCUCUCCACCCAUGGCCAGCGCCCACCUCUGUCCCACCAGAGUCACAGUGGACAGAGCUGCCCCACGACAGGCAUGACUUCAGAUUGGUACCCAAACCUGGACUGGCUGAAGGAAAGCUGCCGCAUUGCUACCAGCUACAAUUGGGCUGAUGUAGAUCUUUCUCCAUUUCAAGGCCUGAAAGAGAGCAUGCGUCAGGCCGAGCUCAACAACUGGUCCCUGGAUGCCGCUCAGAUAGCUGACCUGUGUUCGUCCAUCAACCAGUUCUUCACGGCCACGGGCGUCAUCCCCCCUCAAGGCGCUGCCCUCUCCCAACCUCAGGUUGCACACCCAGCUGCGCCGAGGGCACCUCAGCACCCAGCUCAGCCGCAUGGCGACAUGCACCCCAAGGCCAGCCAGCACAAUCAGCACGGCCAACUCAUUCGAACAGGGAACAUGUACAUGGACUCCAGGCAGAACAUUCCUUCUCUGAUGGGCCCACCUGGAUACCCCCACAUGCCUCCCAUUAGCAACACAGCUCCCGCCAUGACGGGGGACUCCUCCAUCACACUCUUAUCAGGCCAUCACAGCCAGCUGAGCCAGCAGCAGCACAUGUUGCCUCCAGGACACUUUCAGGUAAGGCGCAUGCUGGCCACCGACGACAUCCAGGACGACUUCGACUGGGACUCCAUCGUGUGAACAGGAAGUAAGAGUUGAGAUGUGAUGACGACAAUAAAGGUGUGAGACUGGCCCCUCAAAAACACUGACCACGAUCCAAAAGAAGGAGUCUUUUUUUUUGGGGGG